GCAGGAGAUUUCUAUUCACUGUCGAAUAACCAUCUUUACCAUUGGCUUCAAGAGCGAAGCCGUCGCUAGGGAGUAGCGUUUCAAUAGCAAAGACAGAAAUGCCCGUGGUACAGUAACCAAGAGCAGCACUCACUGCGCUCCACUUUAUACAAUGUGUACUUCACUUAAACAAACUCGAAGCUCCUGACACCUCCGUUUUCGAUGUUUCGAGCCUUCCUGGUUACGCCUUAUUUUUAAGACUGAAUUCUACUGGCCUGUCUGUUUUUAAAACCCUAAAGACGCAUGUAUAAAAUUACAUUCGGCUAAGUCCUUUUUUGGCAAAGUGUAGUUAAACAGCAAUUACAAGAUAUCCUACUUUUCCUGUAUGGCGUCUCAUCAGCAAUCAAGAAUUCAAGCUUACCUGGAAAAGAAUAAAAUUGGACCUCUCUUCGAGGAAAUGAUGACCAAACUGAUAACUGAGACCCCAGAUCAUCCUAUUCCUUUUCUCAUCAAUCACCUGCAGACUAAGCAAGGCAGCCCCAGCAAGCUACAGAGAACACUGUCUGGCUCGGCCGCCCUGUGGGCUGAUACUGGGACAACAGAAAAUAAAGGAACCAGGCGUGAUUUCAGAAGUUAUGAGAAGCCAUGGCAGAUCCACCCAAAAAAGCCUAAGAAAUCCAAGAGUGACCUUGCUGUGUCCAACAUUUCCCCACCAUCACCUGAAUCAAAGUCUUUGCCAAGAUCAAUUGAGCAUCCUUCAUGGGACUGGAGGACCAGGCCAGAGAGCCAUGACUUUGAUGAGCUGAACCAUAUUCUGCAGGAAAGCAAAAAGCUGGGAAAGGCUCUGGAGAAUUUGUCACGCAGCAUUGCAGUUUCUGAUGAACUUGAUCAGGACCCCCUGGCGUUUAACUGCUCCUUGCUGAGGCCCCGCGUGAUCGGGGAGUGGGUCGGCCGAGAGGAACACGACGCGGAUCCCCUGGCCGCCGAAAUGCUGCAGCCUCCUGUGCCGAGAACCAAAACCGAGCAGUGGGAGAGCGAGGACAGCAGCGGCCCUGCUGGGAGCGAGUUUCUAAAAAAGCUGAAAUCUUACACCCUGGAGGACAAGCAGAUCCACAUGAAGAAAAACAAAUUAAAUCUCCUAGAGAAAAAAGUUCAAUGUGAGGAUCUGGACGACCUGCGAAUGGAGGGCGUCACCAGUCUGGCACCUUCUGGCAGCAAGUUCAGUCAGGGCCGCAGCUCUUACUGCCCUGAGCCACAGGCCAGGGUUACACUGAACAUCUGCUCAAGGUGUGCAAGGCUCCAAGGUGACAGUCUCUUGGAGGCAAGGGAUGAAGACCUUCACACUGCCCAGUCCCCUGAGCAAGCUGUUCCCGAAAUUGUCUGUCCACUGCCUGGGGCAGAAACACUGAUGGAGGAAGAUGAAGAAUUUGAGAGUGCUUCUCAAGUGACAGGCCCAGGCUACAGAUUUCCUGUUCGUCAUAUCCACCAUCUCUAUGCUGAAAUGGGGAAGACACAGUCAAGUGAGCGUCAACCAGUCUGGGAUUCCGAGCUCAUGUCUGCCAGAGGGGGAACCUCCCCAAGCCAGAAACAACUGAGGGAGUCCUUCUUCAGUAAGGAACUGCUGUGUAUGGAGAAACAUCUUGCUGAAGUCGAGAAGGAUAUUGCGAAGAUGGCUGAAAGUACAUUAUUGAGGAGUCCUAACAGUCCUCACAGUAGUCUCCUUCUAACACCAGUUCUUCAAGGUGGUCUUCCGUCUUUGCCUGGUCCAAAUUCUAGACCACAGUCGCCUGGAGGUUUUGCUGGUAAAAGCAGCCCAUUAUCUCUGCAAACCAACAAGCCAGUUUCCCUAGCAACAAGCAGACCACAAACGCCAAGCAACCAUAACAGCAGGCCUCAAACUCCCAACUCACAGAGCAGCAGGCCCAGAACACCGUCAGGAAAUAGGCCCGUGACUCCGAACAGCUUGAUGCCACGACCUGUCACUCCUAGCAACCAAGGCAACAAGAAUGAAAACUUUGGAAGUCAGAGGAGCAGACCAGUCACACCUACAAGUCAGAGUGGGAGGCCGCUGCUCACUCCAACAGGACUCACUGCUGGGGCAAUAACUCCAGAGAACAUGGGAAAAGCUCAAAGUCAACGGACCAAUCUGCCAGAGGAUGAGUUCUAUCAGCAGUUACAGGCUGUUCGACAACCCUGGCUAAUUCCUAGUGACACAGACAGUGACUGUGUGGAUCAGCCUGAUCAAGACAAAUGUAGCCAGACUGGAGUUCGGGAUGCCACUAAAAGAUCUGUGUUUUCAGGUUUAUGAUGACAAGGAACCAGAACACUGACCUGAUCUGAUUAUGCAAAUGGAUGGACAUUUUAAAUAUUCUGUAUAGAAUAACAGAAAUCAUUUAUUUUUAUAAUUUAUAUGAAAAAAAUAUAUACUAUAUCUUGUCUACUUAUAUACACAGAGUUUGAUUUUCUUAGAUGCAGCUUGUAUUCAUUUUUUCUGUGCAAGACUACCUUUAUCUUAGGAGAUGUACAAAUAAUAUUUUUAGUGAAGUACAAGCAAAUCAUAUAUACAGUAUGCAUUUUACCAGCUCAAAGCAUGUCUUUUGGUAUUCUUUCAUUUAAAUUGCUCUUCUGCUUUUAUCAUGGAUCUACACUUUGUAUUCAUCACUGAAUGUCAUUAAGAUUAAAAAUCUUAUUUUAUACAAUCAUAUGCAAUCUCA